UUUGUGAAGCCUAUUGUGAAAAAAUCGACUCCGCUCCCGCGAGAACACGGACUGUUGUUUAUAAUGUUUUAUGUGAAAGUUGGUUGAGCUUGCUGAAGAAGAAUGACAAUUAUAGUUGUCGGUUUUGCCAUGAUACCGCGUAACGUAAUAUAUAUACGAACAUUCAGACGUCGUUUUUGAUAGCCUGGGAAUUUUGCCGUCAAAGUAUUCUGCAAGUGCCAAUGAACGAAUGAAACUGUAUCCAAUUAAUACAAUUGUUCUGCGAGGGGAGAUCUGAAGCUUGGCCGAGAUGAUAAUCACAGCGACCGACAUAAUUCGUUUGCAGGGCAGAGCUCAAGAUAACCGACCGUGGUCAAGAUGAGGUACUACUGUAAGAUAUCCCCGGAGAAGUUCAUCAUCCUAUCGGCUACUUUAGGGAUCUACAUCCUUCUCCUACUCUUGUCUUUCAACAAACAAACCAGCACAAAACCACAGGAGCUGCAGGAGCGCAGUGCGAACGAGCCUGCCAAGAAGCUAGAAUGGAUCGGAGAUAGAUGGUUAAACAAUCUCCAGCACCAACCCGUCAUCCACCGCACCAAAAACCGUCUCUCCAAAUCCGUUAUUCCUAGAAAUGACGUCAGCCAUGACGCAAGCGAAGACGACAGAGAAUCAUCGGUUAGCGGUGACAACGCCGGUUAUGACCACUCCUCUUACGCGGUUUUCUCGCAUCCGUUCGGACGCCCAGCUCCGAACAUUCGACGGAUAUAUCCCAAGGACAAGAGCAAAUCGAACAUCGCAUUCAAACCGCUAUCCGAUUCCAAGAUCGGCGUUCGGCGAACCUCGAAGCGAAACCGGGCUGACACGAUACCAAAUAGAGACGAUACUGAUGGUGCUAGCAUUAUCGAUGAGAAGAUAGCAUUUGAUUCGAAAGAGGAUCAUGCUACGUGCAAGCCGCAUUCAAAUAUUGUUUACAUUAAGACACAUAAAACAGGAAGCUCGACGUUGCAGAACAUUAUCUAUCGAUAUGGUGAUGAAAAGAAUUUGACCUUUGCCCUUCCGGCACGUGAUGUGUACAUCCAAUCAGUGCGCGAGUUUGAACCUUCGAGUAUAUUACCAGUGCGACCGGGAAGACAAAUCAACAUAAUGGCUAACCACGUCCGGUUCUUCUACAAUGAUAUCAAGAACCUGAUGCCGCCGGAUACCAAAUACAUCACGAUCAUCCGGAAGUCAUCGGAUCAGUUCCGGAGCAUGUAUACCUACUUUGUCAUGGAAAACACUUACAAGGCUACGCUGGAGCAAUACUCGCUCAACCCCGAGUUCUUCUACCAAAAAUACGGCUCGGGAAAAUACAAACGACACAACGGCCGGGAUCCAACGCUCUUCGAUCUCGGGAUGGAGCGAAGCUUCAGCGACGACCCGAAACAGGUCCUGGACUACAUUGAGUUCCUGGACUCCAAGUUCCAUUUGGUCCUAAUCAUGGAAUAUUUUUACGAGUCGCUGAUUCUUCUGAAGGAUCUUUUCUGCUGGGAUAUGCGAAGCCUUGUGCACGUGCAUAGCAAGAUCAAGAUUUCGCUGGACCCGCAUUCUGCAGUACCGUCUGUGGAGGACGAGAGAGCAGCGGACGAUGUGGUGAAGCGUCUUGAUUGGUGGAACGCGGGUGACGUCAAACUAUACGAUCACUUUAAUAAGACUCUAUGGAAAAAGAUCGACGCCUUCGGAAGGACGAAAAUGGCCGCCGAGGUGGCCGAAUUGAAAGCCAUGUGCGCCAAGGUGAAAGAUCAGUGUAUGGAAGGGACGAGAAUUCGCGAGAUUUCGCGAGGCUCGUUGAAAGAGACGGGUCUAGCUGAGUAUGUUGUAAAGAAAAGUCAGAUGAACAACGGCACCUGUAGGCGACUUGCAAUGAUUGCCAGGGUAUUCUUAUCUCAUCUUAGAAAGAAACAUAUAACUAGGUUCCGCCAAGAAAAUUCGACGACGACGUAGCGCAAUCGCGAAUUUUUUAAAACCGUUAUUUCUGUAUUGAUUGGUUGAAUUUCAUCUAUGAAUCGGUAGACUUCGGUUGUGUGACCAAAGUGAAAAUACGGAUCUUUGACCAUAGUGACGUCGUAGAGUCACGAAGGGUGGAGCGAUAAGCUCAGCGGUUGAGCGAUGGUCUCAUAACCAGGAGGUCCCGGGUUUGAAACCAAGGCAAUACGCUAGGGCCCUUUGGUAAGGCGUUGAUGCCUACCAAGUCCCUCUUAGAGGACGUAAAGCCUUUGGUCUCCUGGUUGGUUAAUAAGCAUACAAUGCACGUGCUUUUCUUAGCAGUCGGAUGAAACAAAUUAAUCAACCAACCAUUACAACGGUGAUUUAGUGUUGGUAACGAGUUUUUGACAUAGCCAAAAGUUUGGUCACAUCGAGUAUAGGUAAUCCUGAGUACUUAUCAUAGAUUCUUACAAGGAUCAAUGAAUAUUUUCUUUGAAUAUUUAAGAGGCGUUAAUGAUUUAUUCGUGCCAAAUGAAUUAUUCUUAUUUCAAAAGUGUGAUUUCCAAGAAAUAAGCUAAUGGUUAUGGUUUUAGCAUGGAGGUUUGUGAAUUAUGGAGGCUGGUUGUCAAUACACGUACCUAUCUAUAAUAGUGUCGUAAAAGUGGCUAUAAGAUCCUAGAGCGGUAAUAACGUGAGCUGUGGGUCUACGACGAUUUCCCCGUAAAAGGAAAGCCAAAUGUAUUGGUAUAUUACUCAACAUAUGGGCCCCGUCUUACAAAGAGUUGCGAUUGAUCCAAUCCUCCAAUCAAUCGCAAGUUUGCAGUCUCCUAUCUCUUAUGUACAUAGUUGCGAUUAUACUGCCAACAGACUGCUGCACAAAAUGUCCAACAAUGCAUCCCCAACGAAUGAAGCGCGCAUGAUGAUUCAAUAACAGGUAAAAGAUCUUUGUACUCUUUCGCCGAAAGAUGUCGCAAUUGAAAAUACCUAACAGCAGUGACAGCGACUGACUUAGAUAAGAUUAUAUGUUUUUGACCAGUUGCGUACGCAGGAAUUUUUCAAGGGGGGGGGGGGGGUCAACAUUUUGAAAUCGGGCCGAAGGACAUAAGAGGGUAACCCUAAACCCCCCCCCCCCCCCCCCCUGCGUACGCGCCUGUAUUUGACUUUGUUCUGAAGAAGUCUAGAUGACUUUAAUUGAAUGUGUCGGUCACCCGGAGGCCGGAAUCCCGCACUAUCUAGGCAUGAAUUGCUAUGUAUUCAGUUAUAUUACUUUUCCAGUACGAUUCUGUCCAGUGUUAUACGUAAUUUCCAGAGAUUAUUGUAUUAUAUUGUAUGUAUUAAUGUAUAUCUUUUUUAUAUUAUCGUUGCAAUUAUCUGAUGAUUAAUUAAAUGACAGACAUUUAAAUCUCACAA